GUGAAAACUUGCCUUAAAGCGACAAGCGACCUCUAAGUUAAGAAAUUUGAAUUUCGACAGAGAAAGAUUUUUCUUUUCAGAAUAAUAUUACAUCGACAAUGGCUGAAACUUCAGCAAAAAAAACAAAACAGGAGAAAAAGGCUUCAAAGGAAACCACAACCCCAGCAGAUAAACCUUCUAUCAAAAAGAGACCUUUGAAAAGACAUGGCAGGUUAUAUGCUAAAGCUAUAUUUACAGGUUACAAACGUGGUCUACGUAAUCAACAUGAAAAUACUGCUCUCCUAAAAGUGGAAGGAACAACUGCAAAAGAUGAUAGUUGGUUCUAUGUAGGAAAAAAGUGUGUCUACGUAUAUAAAGCAAAAAACAAGACUUGUGUUCCUGGUAAACCUAAGUCUGUUAAAUCUAAAGUUAGAGCAAUUUGGGGUAAAAUUACAAGGCCGCAUGGUACAAGUGGUGCUGUUAGGGCCAAGUUUCGGAGGAAUUUACCAGCUAAAGCCAUGGGACAUCGUAUUAGAAUUAUGCUGUACCCAUCCAAGAUUUAAUUAUCUUUAAUAUAAGAA